AAAACAAGGCAGGAUUUUGAAUGAAAGAGGAUGGAUUAAAGAGGAAGAAAAACAAGGCAGGAUUUUGAAUGAAAGAGGAUGGAUUAAAGAAGGAGAAAAACAAGGCAGGAUUUUGAAUGAAAGAGGAUGGAUUAAAGAGGAAGAAAAACAAGGCAGGAUUUUUUUUAGGAAUGAAAGAGGAUGGAUUAAAGAGGAAGAAAAACAAGGCAGGAUUUUGAAUGAAAGAGGAUGGAUUAAAGAAGGAGAAAAACAAGGCAGGAUUUUGAAUGAAAGAGGAUGGAUUAAAGAGGAAGAAAAACAAGGCAGGAUUUUGAAUGAAAGAGGAUGGAUUAAAGAAGGAGAAAAACAAGGCAGGAUUUUGAAUGAAAGAGGAUGGAUUAAAGAGGAAGAAAAACAAGGCAGGAUUUUGAAUGAAAGAGGAUGGAUUAAAGAGGAAGAAAAACAAGGCAGGAUUUUGAUUCAUCAUUAUUUUUGCACAAUACCAAGUCAUUCUCUCCCACAUAAAACAUUUGAUGAAAAGGUUAUUCAUUUACUGGUUAUGUUGUCACAGAUAUCUUUCCAUCAAUGCCUUAUCUUUUCUAACUAUCAAAUAAGAGCAAAGAAUUUGAGUGAAACUUUGGCUAAAAUUGGAUUUCCUUCUACACAUAUUUCAGGUGGUCAAGGGCAAAAUGAACGUCUUGAUGCAAUGAGGAAGUUGAAGCAGCUCAAAUGUCGUAUUUUGAUAUCAACAGGUCUUAUGUCUCGUGGCAUCGAUGCUGAACGUGUGAACCUUGUGAUUAACACGGAUCUUCCACGUGACUCUGAGACAUAUUUACAUAGAGUUGGGAGGGCUGGACGUUACGGAUCGUAUGGCGUGGCCAUAAAUUUCGUGGCCGCAGGAAAAGAGGAAUCAAGUUUGAAAGACAUCGAAAUUAAAUGUGGAAUAAACUUCGAUCCUUUGCCAGAUGGACUCUCUUGCUUUAUUCCUGACCAUACGAGUGUCGGUUGGCUCACCGCAUUUUCACUGUUGACAGGAGUGAUGGAGGAUCUUGAACUGGCUCUCUCGCUCCAACUGUUGAGCCAAGUGUUUGUAAUUCAGGCCAACUGGUGAGCCAAGUGUUUGAAGUUACAAACUUGCCAGGAUUCGUGGUAAUAAACAGAGUAGUGGAAAACUGACAAAUAUUUCAAUGAGAUCUGAGUUUUCAGAUGACGAUGUUGAUGAAAAUGUUGGAGAUGAGACACCGCCAGAUGAAUUCUUUUUCAUUCUGAAGAAAAAAAUGGUAAUAAGAAUUAUGGUGAAACGUUUACCAACAAUUUCCAAAUUAAGUCCUCGAAAAAGGAAACGACCCGCAAUUUCUCUGCUUCCUCUUCACGAAAUGUUGAACGUAGCACAACCUUUGAUCGCAAGACAACUAAUAAGAUUCGUACAAAGAAAGGAGAUAAGUUUGAAGAAGAGAGUUGGUCCACUGCAACUAACAAUGAAGACGAUGACACGUCGCUUCAGUUGCCUAAAGGGGUAACCCUUUAGGCAACUGAAGUGACGUGUCAUCGUCUCUGAGUUUUCAGAUGACGAUGUUGAUGAAAAUGUUGGAGAUGAGACACCGCCAGAUGAAUUCUUCUUUCAUUCUGAAGAAAAAAAUGGUCGACCAUGAACCCGUGAACCCAUGGGCACACCACCAAAUUUUGAUUGACAAGAUCCACCGAAUGCUAAUGAAUUUUCCUCCUUACUAGGAAUCCGGAAACAUCAGAAACACAUGCUUUGAGAAUAGGACAAGAUCAAAGAAUAGUCAAGAAAGUCCAAAUCUAGGGAACAAAAGGAUCCAGCUGGCAAUACAGGAAUUCAGCGAAUAACAGAUCAAACAAAAGCAAAGAAGGGCGGUGCCUAAGGCAGGAUGAAUGGCGCAUGAACAAAAGAACUACAACUUGCUUUAACUGCGGAGGAAAAUUUCUCCAUCCUAAAGAUAAUCCAUGCCCAGCAAAAGGAAAGACAUGUAGAGCGAAACGAAACCACUUUGCAAAGUGUAGUAAAACUACCUUAAAACAACCUCAAGUGAAUGAAGUGAUCAAACUACAAACAGAUGAGAUGUGUACAAUCAGCUUGACUCGAGUAGUGAUGAAGAAUAUGCGUUGUUCACUCCCAAGUAAUCAACGCAAUGAACUCAGAUAGCCAAAGUGGAUUGCUCAAAACGACCGUAAUAAUUGAAGCGACUGAAGUCAGAAUGCUGAUAGAUUCUGGUGCGAGCGUAAACAUCAUAGACAAAAUAACGUAUCGAACCUUGUUACAAGAAAUGCCAUCAAUUAAACUUGAACACACAAACAUCAAGCUAAAGUCGUAUGGCUCAAAUAAGACACUAUCCGACUAACUACGUUUUGUGCAACGUAGUUAAGUCGAGCAGUUAUGUUACUACAGUCAAGGAGUUUACUACGGUAGUUAGCGUUAACUAUAGUUAAAGUUAAUUACGUUUUUACAUAACCGACCCCCGACGCUUAAUCGCUGAGGUUGUCGAAACGUCAGUCACCAUCACAAUGACAUUCCUCAGGAAUCUACUAACAUGGACAAUCUAUAUCCACAAAUAUGUAACGAUACGCCUGGAUUCAAACCUUCGUUUUAAAAAUGUUUAUGUUUUACUGUGUGUACUGUUUAUAAACAAACUUUUUUUGAAAAAAUUAAAGAAGAGUUUAUCUUCAAUCAUAUUGUUGCGAUUGCGCAAACUA